AUGCUGCCCCAUCCCGCCACGGCGACGCCCAACCUCCGCGCGACUCCCUCGCCGUUCGCAGAGCGCAUCAACCCGCGCAACGCAGCGAGGAAGGCGCAGUACGAUGCCAACACGAGCGGGAACAUCAGCAACGAGCACGUCGAGGGACUCAGGCGGCAGUCGAACCUCAGCACGCUCUCCCUCUCCCCUCGACGACCUUCACUCGCUCCGUCCGGGUCGACUGCCACUACACGCGCACCGAGGCGAGGGACGCCGCUCGCGUUCCCUGCGAAUGGACUGGACGGAGACGACAGCGGCUUCCUGAGCCAGACGAUGGACGAGGACGCGCCGUGGACCAUGGUUGACCGGAUGCGCAACUGGCGAAACGACGCCAUGACCCAGCACCUCUACGACUCGGCCAAUUUCUGGGGCGGCAAGGUUCUCGAGAUGACCGGCAACCCGGACGACGCGUUCUGGCUCGCGCAAAUCCACUUUCUGACGCACCAGUUCUCCCAAGCCGAGCGUAUCUUGACUGCGCCUCGCCCAUCAUCGGCAGCUUCGACCUCGACCGCUCCUCCCGCUCGACUGACCGACAUGUCGCUGGCCUGUCGCUACCUCGCGGCGCAGUGCAUGGUCAGGCUCGGCAAGUGGGAAGAGGCGCUCGACAUGGUCGGUCGGAGAGGGCUCGUCGAGGGUUACAACGACGGCAAGGGAGACGGGGGGAUCAAGAUCACCGCCUCGGCCGCGCAUCUGCGCGGACUGAUACACCUCCACAUGAAGUCGAACGAGCUCGCGAAAGAGGCGUUUAUGGAGGCGCUCACGCGGGACGUCAAGUGCUUCGAGAGCUUCGAGAUGCUCGUCGGCGGCCAGAUGAUGUCGACCGAGGAGGAAUGGGACUUUGUGCAAAGCUUGCCAUUCCAUGCGCAGACGGAGGACGACGCCGAAUUCGUGCGAAUGAUGUACACCCUGUCGCACAGCAACGACAUGGCGAUCGCGCGGCAGCGGCUGACGGACGACUACGGCCUCGGCGAGGACCCCGACGUCCUCUUCAGCCGGGCGGACGAGCUGUACAACGCGAUGCGCUACGUCGAGUGCUUCAAGAUCACCUCGCACAUCGUCUCGCUCCACCCUUACCACCGACCAACCCUCCCACUCCACCUCUCCUGCAUGCACCACAUCCCGAACCUGCGAUCGCGGCUGUUCCUCCUCGCGCAUGAGAUGGUCGAGCACGAGCCGGACGACGCGAUCAGCUGGUACGCCGUCGGGCUGUGGUACUUCUCUGGCAAGCGCUGGGAAGAGUCGCGGCGGUUCUUUGGCAAAUCCGUCCUGAUCGACCCGCGCUUCGGCCCAGCCUGGCUCGCCUACGCCCACUCGUUCGCCUACGAAGGCGAGCACGACCAAGCCAUCACAGCCUACUCGACUGCCCAGCGCCACCUGCCGGGCUCGCACCUCCCGCUCUUGUUCAUCGGGAUGCAGCAUCUCGGGCUUGCGAAUGUCUCGCUUGCGGAAGAGUACUUGCUUGCGGCGCAGGAGAUCUGCAGGGAGGAUCCGCUCGUUGUCAACGAGCUCGGCGUCGUCGCUCUGCACAACCAGCAAUACGAGCACGCCGUUCAAUGCUUCCAGGACGCCUUGCUGCUUGCGCGCCGCGUCCAGAGCUCUCCCUCGGCAUGGUCGGCGACGCACCUCAACCUCGGACACGCUCACCGGCGCCUCAGGGAAUGGGACAAGGCACACACGUCGUUCCGGCGAGUGCUCGAGCUCGACCCGCGGUCUGCGGCGGCGUAUAGCGCACUCGGUAUCGUCGAACACCAGCGGGGAAACGUCCAAGAGGCCAUCGCGCGGUACCACGAGUCCCUCGCUAUCGCUCCCGGCGACCCCGUCACCUGCGACCUUCUCAAGCUUGCGCUCGACGAAAUCUCGACGCGCAUGUCCGGCACGCGCUUUGCCUUCCCCGGUCUCCCACCACGCGUCGACGCUGACCUCGAGGAGCAAGUCCGCGCGCUCGACGAGGAGAUCAGGGCGGGAGAAACGGGUCGACUCGCUCCGCCGCUCGAGUCGGAGGCCGACGAUGUCGAGUCGGUUGUCGCGAUGCAGUCGGCGAGUGCGAGCGGGAUUGAGGUCGACAUGAGCGAGGACGAGGAGGAUGGCGGGGAGGGCGAGACGAUGGACAUGACUGGGGACGGGGGUUAG